AUGGCCAUGCCACCAGCAAUGAACGAACUCCUCAAAUGGAGUGUAGAGAACUCUACUGCCACCGCCGCCGAUCCUAGCGCACCCCCUCCACAAACCAGAGCCCUCCCAGCGGAUGCCAUGAAUGUGCUAUUUGGUGGUCCCAGUGACGCCGACCUCAUGAAGGCUUCCAUAUGGGCCGUUCAAUCUACCGACCCCGAAGUCACCAUUGAAGAUAAAGUUAUUGCAUUUGAUAACUUCGAACAACUUAUUGAGAACCUCGAUAAUGCCAACAACAUCGAGGUACUCGAAUUAUGGAAACCUUUAUUGGAGUUUUUGGGACAUGAGGAAAAAGAAAUCAGGAAAAUGGCUGCUUGGUGCAUAGGAACAGCAGUGCAGAAUAAUGAGAAGAGUCAGAAGUCUAUGUUAAAGGAAGGAGGUGUGCCACUUUUGGUCAAGAUGUGUGUCAAUGAGAAGGAGGAGAAGGACGUUAGGAGAAAGGCCGUUUAUGCUUUGAGUAGUGCGAUCAGAAAUUUCCAGGAGGGAAUGGAUGCUGCGACUGAGGAGCUGGGCAAAUUGGGAAGAAGUAGUGAGAAGAUUGAUGCGGCAGAUAUGGAUGCCUGUGAUGUCUUGAUUGGGGGAUUGAGGGAGGAGGCUGCAAAUGCAGCAUGA